GGGUGUAGCUCUAUAAAAACGGAGAUGAGCCACGCUGUCGAGUCAUCCGCAACAACUUGCCUCUAGUGCUUGCCCCUACCUACCGAUUCCCUCACCGAGUGCCCGACUCUUGCAGCCAUGCACAAGUUCGUCAUCCUCCUCGCCUUCAUCUGCGUCGCCGCCGCGCAGAGGCCCGGCUUCAACCCGGCGCAGGAGAACUACCCUCCGAUCCCGUACUCAUUCAACUACGCCAGCCAGGACGCCGAGGGCUCGCACACGCGCGAAGAGAGCGGCGACGGCUCCGGACGCGUCACGGGACGCUACACCAUGACCCUGGCCGACGGCCGCACCCGCACGGUCAGCUACACGGCCGACGAGAACGGAUACCGCGCCGAAAUCGUCACCAACGAGCUGGGUACCGAGUCCAAGAACCCCGCUGACGUCGUGAUCCAGUCGAGCGCGCCGACCGGACCCGAGGCCGCCAUCGCCAACGAGGGCAACCGUCCACGGGCCCCCACCGGGCCCAGGGCGGGCUGAGCUGUCAACCUCCCCUUGAAAGCGAGCUUCGCCUCGGAACACCUCCGCUUCCCCGGCGUGUGAUUCCGUAUUACGGCUACGGAAAGACCCCCGCGCCAGGCGAGAGCGCCAGGCGCGUUCCGGGCGCUCCUGCCGGGCGUUGUAAAUUUUUCUUCCUCCUUCUCGGUCGUCUUUUCUUAUUCCGUCCUCCCACAUUGUCCCGUCUCUUGUUCUUCGUGUGUCACCUCGACGCCUUUUUCCUCCGCGCGUUGAUUGUCGGGUUGGGUAUGUAUGCGUCCUUUGUACUCGUCGCUUUUCCGCCGCCAUUGCGAGUGAAGAGACCUCCCCACCUUCUUUUUUUAAAGCGCGCCAAAAGCAUCGCUCUGGGUUUCAAGCUGACACUUUCUUUCCUAGCGACGCUCAAGGACCUAACGCGGUGUGGGUGCCACGCUUGCCUCGCUAUGGAAGCGGGUUGCCUGCCUGCCGCUUGUCUAUAAAGGUUGUCGCGUACGCUACCGUCGUUGUCAAGCGGGGAUCGCGAGUGGCAGCCCCCCUUUGUAGUCGCUUCACAUACCUUUCCGAUCACUCCUCUCCUCGCCCUCUUUCAUUAUAGCACGUGCCAAGGUGCGCGGUAUCAAAGCAGCCUUUCGUGUUCGCUCAUGAGUGUUUUUGUCCCUCACGUCUCGUUUCACCAUGUCAUUGCCGCCUGCACGAGGCCGUCGUUUGUCCUGUUCCCGUGUCUUUCAUUGCUAUGGAUAUGUUAAAAAAAAUAGUCCUGCGUCUUGAAUUGGGUUGCCUCUUUUGUGUAACUGUUGAGCACAAUAAAGGGUGGUACUCAUGUUCCA